AUGGCCACACCACACUCCUUCACCUUUUCCCCCGCCGUCCAGCAGUCCCUCGCCCCGACCAGCCGCCGCAACUCGGCCUCCUCCACCCAGCUGCCCCUCCCCAGCAGCCUCUCCCCCCAGCACCAGCAGCAGCAGCCCCGUACUCCGCCCCCCGCGCCGAGCAGCCCCCGCGCAUUCACCUUCUCCAACCCGCGCCCCGCCGACUCGCCCGUCCUGGCCUCCUUUUCCUACGCCCCGCACCCGCACUCCUCCUCCACCCACGCCGGCGGCAUCCAGCCCCCCGCCGCGUUCUUCCGGCCCUCCAAGCCGAUCCACCAGCCCCAGUACUCCCGCCCUGCCUCGCCCUCCUCCAUCAUCCACGUCCCUGCGGACACUCACGAUACCGACCACUUCCCCCUCGGCCCCAUCUCCGCCGGGUACAGCACCGACGAGCACCAUGCCGCCGAGAGUGUGCACGAGCCUCACCCCCCACAGCAGUUUUCCUCCCUCAAGCGCAUCAAGCAGAGCCGCGAGCCCCUCCUCCCCACCUCCUCCUCCGCCUCCCGCCCCUCCAUCAGUGUCACUAGCGCUACCCCCAUGUCUCCCUCCCGCCUUGUCAGGAAUAGUCUAGAUCGCGUCCUCAGCAUCAGUCGCGGCCUCAGCUUCGACUCCAUCCGCCGCUCCGCAAGCGCACAGCGCGAGGACGCCUUCGAGACAAAGCUCUCCGACGAGGAAAACGGCUACUCACCCACCGCCCAGUACGCCGGCAACAGCAAGCACCAUUUCCCCGCCCAGUCCCUCGACGUGCGCAACUCGCAUCAUUCAGGCGUGCACUCUCACUCUCCUUCACAUUCCCACUCGCACUCCAACUCGCACUCGCACUCUGCCUCGCCUGCGCCCUCUUUCAUUCCGACUCCACCCAUCCGCCGCCCGCCUCUCUCCGCUGUACCACUCCUCUCACCCACGACCCACAAGCCUGUGCGGCGGUAUGAGCAGCAUCCAUCGCGCAACCGCUUCUACCUGCGCGGCCGCAUCCUCACAGGAGGAGACACACCCUGGGCCUUUGUCGUCGCCUUUGGCACACUCCUCACCAUCGCUGGCGUGUGGUUUGGCACUACCGCCGUCUGGUGGUGGCACAAUGAGAGUCCGGCGGUGGCGGGUGUUGCAGUCUACAUGGCCCUGUUGACCAUUUCAAGUAUGCUGACUACGGCUACGACGGACCCCGGCAUUUUACCGCGCAACCUUGAUCCUGACCCUCCUUACCCAGCGACAUCCCCCUCGGACGGCGGGAUCCGCGCACCGAUGCCUCGCGAUCUCAAAGUGCGGAGCGAUAUCGUCCGCGUAAAAUACUGCCCGACGUGCAAGACCUACCGUCCGCCGCGGUCAAGCCACUGCAAGAUGUGUGACAACUGCGUCGACGGCUGCGACCACCACUGCCAAUGGGUGAACAACUGUGUGGGGAGGCGGAAUUAUACAACGUUCUUUGCGUUAUUGGUCUUUGCUACGACAACUCUCCUCCUGAUCAUCCUCACCUCGGCGCUGCACCUCUACUUCGUCACGCGGCGCGAGCACAUUGACCUCGCGCACGCGCUGCGCACGGCACAGGGCGUAGGCAGCGCCGUUGCGUUUGCGCUCUCGGUGUGUGUGAUUUGGCCCGUUGGUGCGCUGUUGAGUUAUCAUAUGCGGCUCUUACUCCUUAAUAUAACCACCAUCGAACAAAUACGCAACCAAGCGCACAAAACGCUUAUCCCGGGUCCACCUCCUCCGAAUCCGUUCUCGCAUGGGAGCUGGAAGCGGAAUCUGCUCGCGGUGCUGUGUCGCCCGCAAGGGUUCUCGUGGCUGGACGCUGCAGCGCCGGUGACGGAGGACAAGCGCGAGGUGAAUCCGGGGUUGUUAGAGGGCGAGGGCAUGGACGGAGAGGAGGGGGAGGAGGAAGGGAGGAGUCAUAGUGGACAUGGGCAUGGGCAUGUCGCUGGAGGGCGGUGA